UUUCAGGGCUUGAAGUUUAAAGAUGUUGUCAUUUACUUCUCUCAAAAGGAGUGGGGAUGCUUGCACACUACUCAGAAGGAUUUGUACCGAGAUGUAAUGUUGGAAAAUUAUAAUAACCUGAUCGCACUGGGACUUUCUUGUACUAAGCCAAGUGUGAUCUCCUUAUUGGAGCAAGGAAAAGACCCUUGGAUGAUUAAAAGGAAGGAAACAAAAGAAUGGUGUCCAGACCAGGAGUCUGGAGGAGAAACCAAGAAUUUAUCUCCAAAAGAGGACAGUUAUAAAAUUAAGUCCUUGCAAUGGGUUAUAAUCAGAGAUAACAGAGGAAUCAAAUGCCAGGUGGAGAGACGACAGGGGUAUCUGGAGGGACUUUUCACCCAAAAUGUAACAACCUCUGAAGAAAGGGCCACAUCCAUUCAGUGCACAGCCCAGAAAGAGCAUCAGAGAGUUCAUACUGGAAAGAAAUCCAGGUGCCAGUCACAUCCUAUUCAUCUUGAAAGAAUUCAUAAUAAGGAAAAGGAAUCUGAAUGUAGAGAAUGUGGGAAAAUCUUUAAUAGUAGAUCGGACUUGAUUAAGCAUGGAAGACUUCAUGAAAGCAAAAACUGUAGUGAAAAUAAGAAAUGUGCCUUUAUUCAAGACUCUGGAAUUAUUCAACCUCAGAGCAUUAAUACUGUUGAGAAACCUCAUAAGUGUAAGGAAUGUGGGAAAGCCUUUCAUUCUAGUUCACAACUUAAUCAUCAUCAAAGGAUACAUAUAGGUGAGAAACCCUAUAAAUGUAAGGAAUGUGGGAAGGCUUUUCCAUCUACCACACAACUUAAUCUACAUCAGAGAAUUCAUAGUGAUGAGAAGUACUAUGAAUGUAAAGAAUGUGGGAAAGCCUUUACCCGUCCUUCACACCUUUCCCGACAUCAGAGAAUCCAUACUGGUGAGAAACCCCAUAAAUGUAAGCAAUGUGGGAAAGCUUUUCGUUAUGACACACAACUUAGUCUUCAUCAGAUAAUUCAUACUGGUGAGAAACACUAUGAAUGUAAGGAAUGUGGAAAAGUGUAUAGUUGUGCCUCACAGCUGAGUCUACAUCAAAGAAUUCAUACCGGUGAGAAACCACAUAAAUGUAAGGAAUGUGGAAAAGCUUUUAUCUCUGAUUCACAUCUUAUUCGACAUCAGAGUGUCCAUACUGGUGAAAAACCCUAUAAGUGUAAGGAAUGUGGGAAGUCCUUUUGUCGUGCCUCAGAACUUACUCGACAUCAGAGAGCUCAUGCUGGUGAGAAACCCUAUGAAUGUAAGGAGUGUGGAAAAACCUUUACUUGUAGCACAGAACUUGUUCGACAUCAAAAAGUUCACACUGGUGAGAGACCCCAUAAGUGUAAGGAAUGUGGAAAGGCUUUUAUCCGAAGGUCAGAACUUACUCAUCAUGCCAGAAGUCACAGUGGUGAAAAACCCUAUGAGUGUAAGGAAUGUGGGAAGGCUUUUAGUCGUGGCUCAGAACUUAGUCGACACCAGAAAAUUCAUACUGGUGAGAAACCCUAUAAAUGUAAGCAAUGUGGGAAAGCCUUUAUUCUCCUUAAAUCCUCCAAGAAUAGGCAUCAGAGAAUUCAUUCUCAUGAGAAACUCCUUGAAUGUAAGGAAUGUGGGAAAGAUUUUAGUUUUGUAUCAGUCCUUAUUCGACAUCAGCGAAUCCAUACUGGUGAGAAACCUUAUGAGUGUAAAGAAUGUGGCAAGGCCUUUGGUAGUGGUGCAAACCUUGCUUACCAUCAAAGAAUACAUACCGGUGAGAAGCCUUAUGAAUGUAAGGAAUGUGGGAAGGCCUUUGGUAGUGGCUCAAACCUCACCCACCAUCAAAGAAUUCAUACUGGUGAGAAACCAUAUGAAUGUAAGGAUUGUGGGAAAGCUUUUAGUUUUGGAUCAAGCCUAAUUCGACAUCAGAUAAUACAUAGUGGUGAAAAGCCUUAUGAGUGUAAGGAAUGUGGGAAGUCCUUUAGUUUUGAAUCAGCCCUCACUCGGCAUCACAGAAUUCACACAGGUGAGAAACCUUAUGAAUGUAAGAACUGUGGAAAAACGUUUGGCAGUGGUUCAAACCUUACUCAACAUCAGCGAAUUCAUACUGGUGAGAAACCUUAUGAAUGUAAAGCAUGUGGAAUGGCCUUUAGUAGUGGUUCAGCUCUUACACGGCAUCAGAGAAUUCAUACUGGUGAGAAGCCAUAUAUAUGUAAUGAAUGUGGGAAGGCCUUUAGUUUUGGAUCGGCCCUUACUCGACAUCAGAGAAUUCACACUGGUGAGAAACCUUAUGUAUGUAAGGAAUGUGGGAAGGCUUUUAAUAGUGGUUCAGAUCUUACUCAACAUCAGAGAAUUCACACUGGUGAGAAACCCUAUGAGUGUAAGGAAUGUGAGAAAGCUUUUAGAAGUCAUUCAAAGCUUAUUCAGCAUCAAAGAGUGCACACUGGUGAAAAACCUUAUGAAUGUAAGGAAUGUGGAAAGACCUUUAGUAGUGGUUCUGACCUUACUGAACAUUGCAGAAUUCAUACUGGUCAGAAACCCUAUGAAUGUAAGGAAUGUGGAAAGUCCUUUAGUAGUGGGUCAGCUCUUAAUCGGCACCAGAGAAUACACACUGGUGAAAAACCCUAUGAAUGUAAGCAUUGUGGGAAGGCUUUCUGUAGUAGUUCUCACCUUACUCGGCAUCAGAGAAUUCAUACUGGUGAGAAGCCAUAUAUAUGUAAUGAAUGUGGAAAGGCCUUUAGUUUUGGAUCAGCCCUUACUCGACAUCAGAGAAUUCACACUGGUGAGAAACCUUAUGUAUGUAAGGAAUGUGGGAAGGCUUUUAAUAGUGGCUCAGCUCUCACUCAGCAUCAGAGAAUUCACACUGGUGAGAAACCCUAUGAGUGUAAGGAAUGUCAGAAAGCCUUUAGAAGGCGUUCAAAACUCAUUCAGCAUCAAAGAGUGCACACUGGUGAAAAACCUUAUGAAUGUAAGGAAUGUGGAAAGACCUUUAAUAGUGGUUCUGAUCUUACUCAACAUUGGAGAAUUCAUACUGGUCAAAAACCCUAUGAAUGUAAGGAAUGUGGGAAAGCCUUUGUUAGUGGCUCAAAACUUAUUCAACACCAGCUGAUUCAUACUGGUGACAAACCCUAUGAAUGUAAAGAAUGUGGAAAGUCCUUUAAUAGUACCUCAGCUCUUAGUCGGCACCGGAGAAUACACAGUGGUGAGAAACCCUAUGAAUGUAAGCAAUGUGGGAAGGCUUUCCGUAGUAGUUCUCACCUUACUCAACAUCAGAGAAUUCAAACUAGUGAGAAACCUUAUGAAUGUAAGCAAUAUGGGAAAGCUUGUGGGAGAGGUUCAAGCUUUCAGCAGUAUAAGAAAAGUAAUAAUGGUGAGAAGCUGUGUGAAUUGGAAACUCAAUCAAUUUAA